AUGAAAGGCCAAACCAGAGAAUUUUUUCGCUUUGCUUCAUCAUCGCAAGUAGAAGCCUCCAACGCGCUUCAACAGCGCCUCCAAUUCGUUCUACAAAACCGUCCAGAGUGGUGGGUCUACGCCAUCUACUGGCGAGCUUCCAAAGACGGCAAUUCCUCCCUCGCAUUGGAAUGGGGCGACGGCUACUUUCGCGGCGAGAAUGGCAAAGAGGAUAAGGAAACAAUCACGUUGGAGGACACGGAAAUGAACGACGUGGAAUGGUUCUACACAGUGUCGCAAACACGCUCGUUCGGCGCUAGUGAAGGUGUGGUUGGAUGUGCCUUCAGCUCAGGGGUUGAUGUGUGGUUGAGCGGAGUGAACGAGUUUCGAUUAAACGAGUGCGACAACAGAGUUAGAGAGGCUCUUAGCAACGGGAUCCAAACUCUGGUGUGCGUUUCUACACCAAACGGCGUCGUUGAGCUGGGUUCGUGUUACGAGUUCACCCUCGAUUUCGGGUUCUUGCAGAUGGUUAAAUCAGUGUUUGAAAUGAGCAAAAGCAUUGGGGUUGGGAGCAAAGAGAAGGAUAAACAGAGAGGAGAUGAGGAAGCCCCUGCAACUGCAAAGGCAUCAACAGGGGUAGGGGUAGAGGGAUCUUCCCCUGACUCAUCAGGACCGUCUGAUGCUGACGUUGCAAUGAUGAUGAGAAGGGAAGGGAGAAAGGCACGUGAUCAACUGCCUCUGAAUCACGUGGAGGCCGAGAGGCAGCGACGAGAGAAGCUGAAUCAGAGAUUCUACGCUCUUCGUUCUGCCGUCCCCAACGUGUCCAAGAUGGACAAAGCUUCUUUGCUCUCCGACGCCGUUUCCUACAUCAACGAACUCAAAGCCAAAAUUAACCAUUUGGAGGCCACGUUAGAGGGAAGAUCCAAUCACGAAGUUGCAGAGCCUGUGCAAACCAUGCAGGCCUCGGUUUCUGCUUCACCCACUGCUCCUAUGAGGGUUGAUGUCAAGAUAUUGGGAUCAGAGGCCAUGGUAAGGGUGCAGAGCCUUAACGUUAACCACCCCAGUGCUAGGUUAAUGGACGCUCUCAGGGACCUGCAUUUGCAAAUCCUCCAUGCGACUAUGUCCAACAUCAAGGAGAUGAUGCUUCAGGACGUCGUCGUUAGGGUUCCUCAUCACCUCAUGACUGAAGAGGCGCUAAAAACUGCCAUUCUCCAAAGACUUUGA